UGCAAACCAACCAACCACAGAUAGAUAAGAGCAGAAAGUUAGCUACCAACCACCACCAACCAACUAUGAAAAUCACCACCAUCCUCUCCACCGCCGCCCUCGCUCUCCUCUCCACCUCCACCUCCACCACAGCCCUAGGAACCAACUGCCGUGGCAAACACGAAUGCAACACCACCGGCUGCCAGCUCAGCGAGCUCGAGGCGACAAUCGCCAGAAUGCCCACCUACAAAAAAUUCAAGCCGGGCCAGGAAAUCGCCUGCUGCACUCCCGGCACCCCCAAUGGCAAUGGCAAUGGCAGGGGCCGGCUGUGUGCGUACACGCAGCAUACGAACUCGGAGAUUCCGGUGUUGCAGUUGCGCCACUAUGUUCGGGGCCUGUAUAGGCAUGGGUGUAGACGGUGUGGGAGUUUUGCGUUUGAUGGGCGGGAUGUCUUUAAUGGGGAGUUGACGGUGGAUUAUCGUGGGUGAAAGGCGGGUUUCGAUUCGGAAUAAGAUGAGGGGCGGGGCGGGGCGGGGCGGGGCGGGGGUUGAUUUUAUUUCCCCAAACCCCUUUUUCUUACCCCUUUUACUUACUUACCCCUUUUCCUCCCACAUAUAACUUACAUUUUCAAGUUCCGGUGUCGUCGCCCUAUAUCCAUGUACAGUACGAUUAUUGUCUGAAUAUUACUGAGGAAGAGUGAGUAGAAUAAAAA